UUUUCCUCCAGUCCGUGACUGACGUGACUUACGCGUGGCUGCCAGAAGCCUCAUCUGUGUGUAGUCAUGAUUCGGGCCAUCUUUCCCUUGUGUGUUUUUACCUUCACACUCCUCUUUUUGAGGAUGGAUGCACGUCCUAAAUCGCCUGUCCGGUCAAGGCGUGCUCCCGCUGCCAAAGUGCGACUGGCCGGUAUCAACCACGGAGAAAAUGAGGGACGAGUUGAAGUCCUGCACAACGGGACGUGGGGCACAGUUUGUGACGACGAGGUUGACAUUAAACUCGCUAAUGUGGUUUGCAGGGAACUGGGUUUCCAAAGUGGCAUAACAUGGGCACACAGUGCCAAGUAUGGAGAGGGAGAGGGCCCCAUUUGGAUGGAUAAUGUGAGGUGUGAAGGAACAGAGAAUACUCUGAAAGACUGCAAGUCGAACGGAUGGGGUGUUCAUGACUGCAAACACACUGAGGAUCUCGGGGUGGUCUGUAGUCCAGAGAGAAGGCUGGAUCAAGUGCAUCCUGGAGUCACCAGAAGAGGGCACACCAUCGCUCUCAGACCAAACGCAGUCACCUCCAACCGUUGGCAGGACAUUUACUCCAGUUCAAGAACGCAUGCACACCUCAGGCAAGGCAAUGGACACUCCCAGGAUCAUACCGGAUGGGAUCAAUUCUCCAGACAGCAGCUUCAUAAUCCGUCUGCCAGUAGGGUGAGGAUUGAGGAAGUCCGUCUCAAGCCGGUCUUGAUGGUCACAAAGAGGCGCACUCUUGUCACGGAGGGUGUGGUGGAAGUAAAGCACGCUGGGAGGUGGAGACAGGUGUGUGAUAAAGGCUGGAGUUUGAAUAUCAGCAGAGUUGUGUGUGGGAUGCUUGGCUUUCCUGACGCGGAGCAGCCCAACAUGAACACCUACAAAAAAAUAUGGGAUACAAAGGUCAAGGAUUCAACAACAAGAUUGAGUCAGAUGACCAAGAAGAAGGGAUUCUGGGUUGAGAAAGUACAUUGUCUGGGUACAGAGCCCAGCCUAGUGGAUUGUCAUGCCCAGCUGUCAAUCCCGCGAAGCCCCGUCCCCUGUAAGAACGGUCGCCAUGCUGUGGCCCGCUGUGUCCCAGGACCGCAAUUUGCUCGUAUGUCCUCUGGCAGACCCCAGGCACCUCACCCUGUGCAGCUGUCAGUGCGCCUGAAGUCAGGGCCACGUCUGGGAGAAGGCAGAGUGGAGGUUCUGCGCGAGGGGAAGUGGGGAACUGUGGUUGACCACCGGUGGGACCGUAUCUCAGCCAGCGUGGUGUGCAGAGAGCUGGGCUUCGGCUCUGCCAAAGAGGCUCUUUCCGGAGCAUACAUGGGUCAAGGGACGGGGCCAAUCCACAUGAACUCUGUGCAGUGCACUGGCACAGAGCGCUCUAUUUUGGAUUGUUUUUUCCAAGAAGUCCCUCCCUGGACAUUCAAACACACCCAGGAUGCUUCUGUCAAGUGCUACGUUCCUAAGACAGGCGUUGACACCACGGUGCGGUUGGCAGGCGGCAGGGAUUCGGCUGAGGGUCGUGUGGAGGUGCUCAUGGAGGUGGGGGGCAGGAAGCGUUGGGGGACGAUUUGCAGUGAAAACUGGGGAAUAAAUGAAGCUAUGGUGGUGUGCAGGCAACUGGGCUUUGGUUUCGCCGCACGUGCCCAUCAGGACACAUAUUAUUGGCAAGGAGACCCUUCGGCAGAAGUAGUGAUAUUGAGUGGGACUCACUGUGUGGGAACAGAAAUGUCCAUCCAGCAGUGCCGUCGGAAUAAUCACGUCCACUGCCCUCGAGGAGGCGGGGCUAAAGCAGCAGGUGUCACCUGUUCUGAAACGGCACCUGACCUGGUUUUGGAUGCACAGCUCGUGCAGGAGAGCGCUUACCUGGAAGACAGGCCUCUGCACCUGCUCACCUGUGCUCAUGAGGAGAACUGUCUGUCCUCCUCUGCCAGCCGUAUGCAGUGGCCCUACGGACACCGCCGGCUUCUGCGUUUCUCCUCUCGUAUCAUGAACUUGGGCAGAGCCGACUUCCGUCCACGCUCCUCAAGAGAGUCCUGGACCUGGCACCAGUGCCACAGGCAUUAUCACAGCAUUGAAGUGUUCACACAUUAUGAUCUCCUCACACUCAACGGAAGCAGAGUGGCUGAAGGACACAAAGCCAGUUUCUGUCUAGAAGACACCUUCUGUCCUGAGGGACUUCACAAACGCUUUUCAUGUUACAAUUAUGGAGAUCAAGGCAUUUCAGUGGGUUGCUGGGACACGUACCGCCACGACAUCGACUGCCAGUGGAUAGACAUCACCGACGUGAGACCUGGAGACUACAUCAUGCAGGUUGAGGUAAAUCCGUCCCUGGAUAUGGCUGAAUCAGACUUCAUGAACAACGUCAUGCGUUGUCGAUGUAAAUAUGAUGGACACAGAGUGUUUAUGUACGGCUGCCAUGCAGGCGAUGCCUACAGCGCUGAAAUCGAGGAUUUAUUUGAACAUCAGCGUCAGAUCAGCAAUAACUUCAUCUGAGCCUAUAGGUGAGAGGAGGGGAUUUAGUCCUGGAGACGUGCCUUUCUGGACAAUAAACUGAGUGGAAGACAAAGACAUCUUGUCAACUGAUCUCAGAACAGUCUACCAGUAGCACCACAGUGGCAGAGAUCUGCUACAUUUUAAAGGGGUCAUGACAUGCAUUAUUUUUAUUGUUUAUCUUGAGGUUCACUAAUAAUGUUAAUACAGUUUACACACAAAAACAAAUAUAUAUACAAGAAAACAAUUAUUUUACCACCUUUAUUCAGACCCAUGUCUGAAGUGAUCAGUUGUUAAGGGGCGGCUCCUUUAAGGUUUGUCAGUAAAUGGCCACUGUCAUGAUUGGCUAAUGUCAUUGCAUAGGAAACAGUAUCAACGUCUACUCGCUAUGACAUGCAAGGAAGUGUUUUGAAAACUUAUCCACAUAAAACCGUAAUUUACAGAUAAAAAGCAUUAUGAAAUCUUUUACUUACGGUUUGCGCAGCUGCUGUCAAUUUCAAAAACGUUGUCCGCUUCAUCUUUGCGAAUGAUCCAUUACAUUGUGCCUUGUUUACUAAACAAAAUGCAUCGGACAAACAUAUAGCCACUAAGCGACUGAACGCCAGUGGCUGAGUCCUAUGGUGUGAUGAUGUAUAACCAUAUCAAUGUCUUCCCCUGGAGUCAGGCAUAUGAAAAUUUAUUUUCUUGUGUGAUGCAACAAAUCCCACAGUAUCCAAAUGAGCCUUGAUUAAAUAAAUGCUUUGUUUUUUUAACUAUGAAACUUGCAGGACUUUUUAAUGAUAACAAGACCUCUUAUAUCUCAAAAGAUUUGAUUUCUCUUAUCAUGACCCCUUUAAAUGGUUUUCUCUGUGGAAUUGAAUUUAGUCUAGCAGAUGUUUGAAAAUCAAUCAAAAGAAUGGAACUUUAGGAUCAGUUCACCCUAAAAUGAAAAUUCUGUCAUAAUUUGUCUUAGUCUUUUGUAUUUGUCUUUUCCCACUUUCUUUAUUCUCAAAAAAAGUAGUAUCCAAUAAUAAAUAAAGUCAGAAUUUGUAUUUUUGGGUGAACUGAUGAUUUAGUUAGUAUCCAUUGAACUUGGACAUUGCUUUAAAGAGACUAAGUUGCAAUUGUUGCGAGUUUAAAAUAAAACAUGCAAAAUGUGUAGUUCUUGGGACCAUAAGACUAUUAGAAAAUAACUUUUUUUAUUGUUGUCUACAUGUACACAUAUUUAUUUACUGACAUUUUAGAAUAAUUAUAGAAUAAAAAAUAUGUUGUUCUAGAAUAAAUGCAUCUGUAUAAUUUUAAUUUUUCAUCCCAUUUACCCCCAUUACAUUUAGCAUAAUGAUUUUAUAUGACAUCUAAAUGCAUUGUGUUCACUUUUUCUGACCAUUUAAUGAGUUUUAUAUCUUCAUGACUUUUAUAGUUUUAGCCUAUAACUUCAAUUCUUCUGUUUGAGUUAAGCACUUUAUUGAUGAACCGUCAGUAUUCUGGCAGAAAUGGGUCCUUCACUACCAUAUUUCAACACACAUCUCUUUGUUUGUUUGUUUGUUGUUUUAUUAUCAAAUUAGAUAUUAUAUACCUUCUUUUAAUUUUUUUAUAGAUUUUUUUUUUCAUUAUUUUUCAGUGACUCUAAAUCCUUAAAGAUAAUAAAGGAUGUUGUAUAUGCUAAAGAUUAAUUUAUUUAAUGCAUUGUUAAAAACAAAAUUUCUGGAUGAGAGUGUUAUUAGUUUGACAAUUCAUAGUAUUAAUAAAGGCUUGCUAAACGGUUGACUGCUUUAAUAGUCAUUUAAAGCUUUGAUUUGUGGAUGAAUGGAACGCGUUUUCUUAGCGUAGCGUGUACUUGAAGCUUUUUUAACAUCUAUGAAUAGAAAGGUGUAUGUUGUCACAAUGCCACAAGCUCACUACAGCAUUUAUUGAUGAGUUCAAAUCUAGCUUGAAUAAUUUUAUGGGCCAGAAUAUGACAUUUUUAGUCUAUACAUCUAAAAAGUAUUUUUAUUUUUUUUUAGCUGUACUGUAUCAGUCUUUAUGUUUGUAAUUAUUUGCACAGUACAAGACGCUGUUAAACAAUGGCUAUUGUGCAUGUAAUUAACUGAUAUGUAAUUUGUUCCUACUGUCAAUGUUAUUUGUCUUAAAGUAUAAUCCAUAAUGGUUGAUUUCAUGAACACACAAGUGAUUUUUCUUAAGUGAAUCAUCUGUGCCAACUUUGUACUUUUCUUUUUCACGAAAUACUGUUUUUGUAAAAUCAUAAAUAUGACUUAUUCUGUGUACCUUUACGUUCAUCAUGUUACUCUUUAACUGUUAUUUCAUCUAUACCUGUAUUUAUGAUUUGCAUGUUACCAUAUGAUCUUAAUAUUAUUUGUGCAUAAAUUGAGUUCAGUCCAUAAUUCACAGCAAACCUUUAUAUAUAUAUAUAUAUAUAUAUAUAUUAUCUGCUGGUGCUAAUUGUGCACUUUUUCUGGGAGUUUUUCAUGGAGUAGUUGAGAGUUUAAGCUCUUAUUGUAAUUUGCAAUACCCUCAGGGAUGAAAUAUGUGUGUUCAAAAUGAUUUAAGAUCACUUUGGACAGCCAUGACACAAAUAAAUUGGGAAAAGUAAUACCAAAAUCAUUCCAGAAACUCCAAACGUGAUGUAAAACUCUUGUUACUGUUCUGUGAUGAGUGGUCAAUGCAAACAACUGAUCUCAAAUGUGAAUAAAUAUGGCGUAUCAGGUCUCAUUUAGCUACCUAUACUCUGUGUUUCUGCUCACUGUGUACCGUGAUCCAUUGCACAGGGAAUCCAUUAUCAAUAAAUGUGUGUUUGUGAAA